GAGAAGCUCUGGAAGGCGGGAAGAGGGGAAGUGGGCGGAUCUCCGCACACCCCGGCGGAAGAGGCAGAUUCAGGAAGCCAUUACGCAGCUGGCUGGCAGCGGCUGGGCAGGUCGGGGCUGGGCCCUACGCACUUUGCGUAGCGAGGGGGGUUACCAAAGGCCUGGUACUUGGCCUUGGACCAGCCCAGCCUAUCCCCUGUAGGGGGGUGGGUGAGUAGCGAGGCUAAGGAAGACAGAAGGGGAAUUGGGGCAGUUAGGGGAUUAUAGUUUCUUUAAAAAGCCGGGUGGGGAGAGGCCAUGGCCGUCCCCGCCAAGAAAAGGAAGAUGAACUUCUCUGAGCGAGAGGUGGAGAUCAUUGUGGAGGAGCUGGAACUGAAGAAGCACCUGCUGGUGAACCACUUCAACGCCGGGGUCCCUCUGGCUGCCAAGAGUGCGGCGUGGCACGGCAUUCUGAGAAGGGUCAACGCCGUGGCCACCUGCCGCCGGGAGCUGCCCGAGGUCAAGAAGAAGUGGUCCGACCUCAAGACCGAGGUCCGUCGCAAGGUUGCCCAGGUCCGGGCGGCCGUGGAGGGUGGCGAGGCCCCAGGGCCCACUGAGGAAGAUGGAGCAGGUGGGCCCGGGACAGGCGGUGGCAGUGGCGCCAGUGGCCCCGCUGUAGCCCCUGUACUGCUCACCCCCAUGCAACAGCGCAUCUGCAACCUGCUGGGCGAGGCCACCAUUAUCAGCUUGCCCAGUACCGCAGAGAUCCACCCCGUGGCCCUUGGACCCACGGCCACUGCAGCCGCCGCCACGGUCACCCUGACACAGAUCCCCACAGAGACCACCUAUCACACGCUGGAGGAGGGAGUGGUAGAGUACUGCACAGCUGAGGCCCCCCCACCCCUGCCGGCCGAGGCCCCUGUGGAGAUGAUGGCCCAGCAUGCUGACACCUCGGUCAAGCCACAGGCACUCAAGAGCCGCAUAGCCCUCAACUCAGCCAAGCUGAUCCAGGAGCAGCGGGUCACCAACCUGCACGUGAAGGAGAUCGCCCAGCACCUGGAGCAGCAGAACGACCUGCUACAGAUGAUCCGUCGCUCCCAGGAGGUGCAAGCCUGUGCCCAGGAGCGCCAGGCUCAGGCCAUGGAGGGCACCCAGGCGGCCCUGAGCGUCCUCAUCCAGGUCCUACGGCCCAUGAUCAAAGAUUUCCGCCGCUACCUUCAGAGCAACAUGCCCAACCCCGCCACCACCUCUGACCCUGGACAGGUGGCCCAGAAUGGACAGCCAGACAGCAUCAUCCAAUGAGAGCAGGGGUCAGGCCAGCCUUCUGCUGUGAAUGGAUGACACCACGGAGGUCUUGUAAGUGGCUUGUGUGGUUGGCUUUAGGCUAGGCCCGGCCACAUGAACGGCUCCCAGUUUGACAGACUUUUAGGGGUCUGCUGUUUCUGGGAGGUGAAGGAGACUGGGAAGAAGAAUUUGUUGGGCUUCUGGGACCCAAAACUCUUGUUACCCACCCCACCCCUUGAGCUGUCCUGCUGAGAACCUGAAGACUGGAUGGGCAGGGGCCAGGCGCUGGUGAUGGGACCCAUGUUGUCAUGAGCAAGGGCUUGUGACUUGACCCAGACUCGGACUAGGACCACCAUAAGGAGGGCUCUCACUGCAGGGGGGCGUUUCACAGCUGGGGGCCUGCGCUGAAAUCCUGCCCCCACCCAGGUGCCAUCCUUUAGAGUAAAAUAACGUCAGUGGUGCUGGCAGUAGCACAAUAACAUCUUCUUCCUCCCUUGGGAGGCAGAGUGACCCGGUGGGCUUGAGGAGGAAACCCCCGCCCUUUUCUCCUUCUCACUGUGUCUCAGUUCUCAGGGGACUCUGGUUGGGGCUGUGCUCUCCCCCCUCUCCCCCCACCGCACCCAGGCACACCCUGUUAGUGCUCUGGACUGCCCCUGCAGUAUACCAGGCUGCAGCCGGCCAGGCUCAGGGAUGCUGUGUGUGGUGGGGACCAGCCUGACCUCCAUCUGGUCUUCCACUGCGUUCCCCGGGCAGCCCUCUUGUGGCUUGUCCCGACAGCUUUUGACUCAGGUCAAGCAUCAGGCUUUGGGUGCUGUAAAUGUUACUCGUUGCCCCCACUUGCAGUGUUUCUAAGGCCCCGGCUUCUUCCAGACGGCUUUGCUGCAAGCCAGUGGUAUUUAUUGUACAGGAACCCCUCUGGGAAGGCCUCCGAGGGCAGCUCUGGCCACGCCCUUCCUCCUUCCCCCUCUACUGAUCGCGCAGUUCCAAAACUCGGUGCAGAAAACAGCCUCCAUCGCAUCACGCCCUGGACUGCCUUCUCACAGUUCUCGGCGUCUCGUGUUCUCGCGAGAGCCUCACUGACUGGUUGGGUGAAUCCGAAGGCCUCACUGGCCAUGAGCGUCUGCGGUGAGAGAACUGAAACUGACCCAAGAAGUGGGACCUCGGAAGUCUAUGCUCGAAGGAGAGCCAACCGACCUCGGUCGGAGUGCCGGAGGAGGUGGUAUUCCCUGUUCUGUUUUGACGCUUUCUCCCCGUUUGUAAGGACUUUACCCAGCUGGCAUCUGUCUUGUUUCAUUUACAGAAUCGCCAUCAGUUACUGAGACCCUUGCACCUUCCCCGGUCCUCUCCCAAGUUUGCCAUUUUGCUGCCGAGGAGUCCUUGGCCACACGUUGACCGUUGGUUGCAACUCAAGGCUCCAGAUCUCAGCUAAACAAAGAAGGUGCUGCCCUUCUGGUGUACGUCUAGAAUCGCCCAGCUCCACUGUGGCAGUUAUGGGAAGAUGCCCCCGAGGACGGUUGGGAGGUGACUCUUAGCAUCAUCCUCACUAUGGGGGGUGAGGGUGGUGCCAGCUACAGAGUGAAGGAAAACUUCUCGGUGACUGAAAAGCAACAGCCUCCGGCCACCUGGGCGCCCUCCCUUCAUGGAGCCUGAUGGCCCCUGAAUUUAGGAAGUUGGGGAAAUUCCUGAGGGGUUUGCAGCUUGGUUUCGUUUUUCUCUGGGGUUGGCAAUCUGAGCCAAUAUUGUGUCUGUUCCAAUUGGGUAUAAAGAGGAAGCUUAGAGUGACUGGGUCUUUCCAGGUCAUAAUUUUAAAUUAAAGAAAUAUCACUU